GUUUGUGUGUGCAUUUCCUGGCGGUAGAUUCGGAUUCUCUGUUGUGUUGUUAGCACAGGGCUGUGUUGUUAGCUCGAUUCGCUCUGGCGAAUAACUUUUUUUUGGUUGUUUUACACUAAUUUAUUCUACCAUUUUCUACAACUCGUACACUUUCCAGAGACCCACUGUAGCUAACUUGCUAACAUCUGUUUACGCAAUGGACGAAGAUGGACUUUCGCCGAACAGAAGUGGAGCACUAGGUGUGUCCUUAGCUGCUGCUUCAAUCGCGGAUAAAAAUGCAGCUGUCAAUCUAGUAAGGAUAAAGGAGGCCAUGUCAAACCAGUGUUUUGAGAUGUCAGUACAAGCCAACUUGGUAAACACGAGGCUGGUUGAUGAUUGUGAGGAUGUGUCAAAAUAUGAAGAGAGUCUGGAAAACAGAAGAACAGAACAAUUCAACAAAACAAUGGCCUUGAACAGGAUGCUUGUCUGGAGAGCCAUCACGUCCAAACUAACCCGGGAUGAUGAAGGCUCAAUGGAAAUGAAGAUGCUGGCUCAACACAGUCUCAGCUGUUUUGCCAGAAUACAGAAACUGCAGGAAGAAUCGCGUGAACUUCAGGACCAAAUCACAGAAGUGCAAAAAGAGAGACAUGAAAUGAAAGUGUUGAUCAAGAAGGCAAUGGAGGAGAUAACCGAGCUGAGGGAGGCCAGGGCUGGCCAGGGAGAGGUGGACAAAGCCAGUCUGGAGAAAGUGGACACCGUGGUGCAGAAACACCGCAAGUUCCUCGCCCUGUCCCACAACAUUCUCAGGGGCAUAGUCUGCGCCACCAAGAUAAACUGGGUGGAUGAUCCAGAGUUGGCUGACCUAAUGAUGGGAUCAGAGAGCAUGACAAACUGAAGAAAUGUCAGGAAAGUGUGUGUGUGUGUGUGUGUGUGUGUGUGUGUGUGUGUGUGUGUGUGAGAGAGAGAGAGAGAGAUGUGUGUACUAAUUAUGUAUUUGUGUAAUUUUUCAAGAAUAUCAAUAAACUGUACA